AUGAAAAUCCCCAUCUCGCCCUCCCGCGCCUCGACGCUCGCCGCAAACCUGUUGUCCAUCCAAACACGCAUCGCCUCCGCGGUAUCUCCAACCUCAUCAAAACCUCCACGCCUCGUGGCCGUCUCCAAACUCAAACCAGCCAGCGACAUACUGGCCCUGCACCAGCCACCCACCUCGCAGCAACACUUCGGCGAGAACUACGUCCAAGAACUCCUCGAAAAAGCCCGCGUCUUACCGCGCAGCGUGCGCUGGCACUUCAUCGGCGGGCUACAGAGCAACAAGGCGGCGCAGCUGGCGCGGGAAGUUGACAACUUGUGGGCGGUGGAGAGCGUUGACAGCGUCAAGAAGGCCGGGCUACUGGAGAAAGGCCGGAAGGAUCGAGACGAGCGACUGGACAAGGAAAAAGGCUCAGAACAACAAGACAGCGCUGCUGUGGGAGAGCCGCUCCGCGUCUUUAUCCAAGUCAACACGUCGGGCGAGGACUCCAAAUCCGGGCUCGAGCCGCAGUCGGCUGAACUACGCGAGCUCGCACGGUAUAUACAGAACGAAUGCCCGCAUUUGCGCCUCCAGGGGCUGAUGACCAUCGGGGCGAUCGCGCGGUCGCGCGCGACAACUGCGGAGACAGAGAACGAGGAUUUCGAUACCUUGAGAGACACCCGAGACUGGGUAGCUAAGGAAGUUGGCUUGCAAGUCGAGGAGUUGGAGUUGAGUAUGGGCAUGAGUGAGGAUUUCGAAGGUGCGAUACGCCAGGGGAGUAAUGAGGUGAGGGUCGGGAGCACCAUCUUCGGUGAGAGGCCGCCGAAGAAGGAUGCGAGGGUACUGGAGGAUACAGAGGGCUAG